AUGAAAAGUAUGAAAGGGUUUCUUUCUUCGAUCUCGGAGUCUAACAUCUCAGCUUCUCAGGAGGGUUUCAACAUCACAGCUUCUCAGGUUCUCAGCUUCUUAGGAUUCUCAGCUUCUCAGCUUUUUGUGUUACUGGGACUAACAGAGAAGUUCAAGGAGAAAGUCACAGGAUACUCAAGCUCAGCUAUCUUCACGUACGAAUCCUUCAUACUCACUGUCCUCCCCUUUCUCAUCGCAUAA